CGAGAUGGCGGACACAGGCAGCAGCUCCAGACCAAAAGUCAAUUUGCGGUCAACAGCGGUCAAGCGGAUCAUGCAGGAAGCCAGUGAACUGUGCGACCCUCAAGAUGAUGAUUUCAUAGCGGCUCCGUUAGAGGUGCGAGUUGCUUGCUUGGCUGAGAUGAGCAGAAUGGGUUUGACGGAUGACUUUUAGACGGAUAUCUUCGAGUGGCACUGCACGAUGCGUGGAGUUGCAGGAAGCGAGUACGAGGGAGGGUUAUACCAUUUGAGAAUCAUUCUACCCCACAAUUACCCAAUGGCUGCUCCUGAUAUCAUUCUUCUCACACCAAAUGGACGAUUCGAGCUGGGCAAGAAGAUCUGUAUCGAUGGUCUUACUAGUUUCCACGCUGGUUCAUGGCAGCCUGCUUGGGGUGUCCGGACGGCUUUGACGGGACUGAGGAGUUUCUGGAUGCAAGGUGGUGAAGCGCUGUCGGCGAUAGGGGCUCUAGACUGUUCACGAGAGGAAAGGCGCCGUUUGGCCAAGCUAUCGCAACAGUGGACUUGUCCAACAUGCCAAGUCUCGAACAAUCAGCUUCUACUGCCAACGAGAGAGGGACCGGUGCAUGCGGAGAAAUCACGCAAAGAAAAGACAGAUGAGACGGAGAUCGGUCGUCAGGAACGUGUCGAAAUGCCCCUCACGCCGUCUCGCGAAGAGAGUGACCCGAAGGAACCUAUCCUUCCACCGCAACAGCCUACCAUAUCUCCAGAGAGCCCUGCCACGGGCAUUGUCCCUCAAGCAGACUCUCCGGUGCCCUCGAUACGCCCCGUGCCGAAAUGGAUAGACAUCCCGCUAGGCAUCCUGUGCGCCAUUUUGGGCAUCUUAGUCGUGAGAAGAGUGUUGUAGUCUUAUCCUUGUACAACUUUACCGGUGUCAUCAAAUGUUAUGUAGCAUAUCCGAGAUCAAGAAAGAGACCAGUUUUCUACAGGUGACAAUCCUACACGGAGAAGAAGGGU